AUGAUCCGUAAAAUACUGAAAUACUGCUUAGAACCUGGACCAGUAAGACUUCCUCUAAAACAUGAACCAGUAAUACAUCCACGGAAGACCUCUUCGACACUGCCGACUGGUAUUGCACGAGCUGAACAAGCAGAGGCGAAAAGAAAAAAUACGUUCAAUCUCUCUCCUGAUGAUGGAGCUGACAGUGGUGGAUGGAUUCCUGGCUGGAAACCGUGGAUGGGAGUAGGACCAGCAGCCCCUCCAUCGUGGUACAAAGUUGCCAUGAAGUUGCAAAUGGAUAAGAAGACCACACGGCUGAACGGGCUGGACGGACCCUACACUACG